AUGAGAAUCCUCGAGAAGCAGGAGAACAAGCCCAUGAAGACGGUGCUGUCAGUGCAGACUGCCCCCAUGGAGGUCUACCAUGGAAUUCUCGGCAUCCGCCAGAACGAAACUGAGCGCUACCUCACCGAGUACUUGACUGAGCUCCCCGACUGGACUCAGGGUGGAAAGAAGAAGAUGUCAAUCCGGCGAGGAGUGACCUUGGAAUCCUUCAGCGAAGGCCCAAUGGGAGUUCAGUGCCACCUAAAGCUUCCAGAAGGUACUCAAACAGUGACCUGCAAGUUUUUGGUCGCCUGCGACGGUGGCAGAUCGACAAUCAGGCAUCAGUUGGGUUACUCCUUCGAGGGUACCACCACGCCGGAGUAUUUCUUUGGCCUCGACGCCUGCUUUGAGAAUUGGGAGUUCGACUCCAAGGACGUCGUCAGCGUGUCGCUGACCCAGGACAAGGAUCCAUUGGCUCCGGGGUUCGCCUUCAACAUACCCUUUGGAGAUGGAAAUUGCCUGCUGCUCGUGGACCUCGACCUGCAGCAGCAGAAGGAUUGGGUCACAGGUGAAACGGACCGCAAUGGCUUCCCAGUGCUGCGCCAGCCGGAGGUGGAGGACGUGCUCCGAGUGGCCCGAUCCCGUGGACUGGGCCAGCAGUGCUCUGUGAAACCUGGCUCGGUGAAAUGGCUGACCCAUUUCAGGGUCAACUCACGCCAGGUGGAGUGUUACGGUCGCGGCCGGGUGUUUCUGGCCGGAGAUGCGUGCCACUGCCACUCUCCCUUUGGUGGACAAGGCAUGAACAUGGGCUUCCAGGACGCCAAGAACCUGUCUUGGAAGUUGGCGACAGCAAUCAAGUGUGGAGGUCCAACGUCUUCUUUGCUGCUCUCCUACGAAAGUGCUCGGGCUACGUUGGAGAGCAAGCUCCUCGCUGGCAUCGAGCGUGGCCAAGAAGUCGUGUCCAGCCGGAACCCGUUGAUCUUCUUUAUGCGCGGUCGUGGUCAGAGGUUGGUGAACAUGUUGACCUUCCUGCAGCCGACCAUCUUGAAGACAGUCGCGCAGCAGAUGUGGUCCUACCGCACUUCCUCCUUGUCCAUGGAGCAUUGGGAGCGUCCCGUUCCAACGUGCUUCCCCAUCACGAGCAUUUGCCCUGCGGGUGGGUACCGAAGACGCCAGAACUUGCAUCGCUGGAUCAAGACGAGGGUCCAUGCUGGAGAUCGAGUUCCUGACGCAUCGCUCCCGGGCGGCAUGCGUGUACAUCAAAUUCUCAAAAGAUCGCGGGGCUGGACGCUACUGCUCUUCGAAGGCGGAGAAGAGGAGAACCUCGACAUGGAGAAGCAUCUAGGGAACAAAGUGCUGAGUCUCUCGGAGCUUGAGGCUUUCGGGGCUGGCUUCAAAUCGACGUCCGACCCCACGAAUUUCGUCCCGAUGGUCGACGAGGUGAUCUGCUUUCCGGCCCAAGACGUGGAGGCACAUCACAUCUUCGGGGUACAUGGCCAGUGCCUGUUCUUGGUCCGACCGGAUCAUUACGUGGGCUUCCGGUGCGAACCCUUGCGAAGAGGAGCCGUGUACCGCUACUUCCGGCUGGCGUGUGGCAUCAGCCACGGAAUGCCGGAGGAUGCCCCUGCCUCUUCGCGUGUCUUCGAUCCCCUGCCGGUGAUCGUGUGGACGCUGAUCCUGCUGACCUUGUAUCAACAAUCUGAUGCCGAUUAUGGGCAGGUGUCCAAGUCCCUCUCGUCUUUGAGCGUUCUUGACGUGAUCGAGGAGCCCAGCAUCCAGAGCAAUGACGCUGCAAUGGUUGCGGCGAGGGCUUUGGGCUUCAAGGGCUUCGAUGCAGCACAGGCGGCUGCUGCCGAUGUGCAGACGCAGGCAGCAAUCCGGCUGCGGGGCAAGUUGCGAUCCAAAGAGCUCGCGCAGCUCCGGCAGCUGGUUGAGGGUGACGAAAGGUUCGCCCGGCUGCUGGAGAGGCACUGCAAGGCCAUUCACGAGCUCAUUGCUCUGGGCAACCCGGCACCAGUGCUGGCGGUUCUGGCCGGCCUGGUUUGGAGCAGCCUUUCCAUAGCUUGGGAGCUAGACACCUCGCACAUGCCGAAGGCGAGGAUGAAGAAUGAGAUCGAGCAGCUCAAAGUCAAGCUGCAGAAGGUGAUGGACAACUUCAGCGAAUCCCGGAUGUGUUACCUGAAGGAGAUCGUUGCCCAGCGCGAGAAGCUGCGUCGCUUCGAUGCGCUGCAGGUGCAAGAGGUAGAGCGGCUGGUCUACGAAGAGGAGCCCGUGAUGUUUUACGAGCCCAUCAAGUACCUGGACGACAGGACGAAAGGUCACGUCGCUCAGAUCAUUGAAGAGAAGUUGAAGCUGCUCCUCAAGCGAUUGGAGAUGGGCGACGCUAUCGAUUGGAACACCUUCAUGACGGCACCUGAACACGAGGUGAACCUUGCUGGCAACUCGUCUCCUCGUAGCCCAAGCUCACGGGGCCCAAAGCCGCGGUCCAUGACCGAGAGCGCCAAGGACGACAUGGACUUCGGCAGAAAGGCAGAAGAGGCGGUGCGGCGAGAGUGCGGAAGAGCGGCUGCAGAGGAGUUGCGCAAGGCUCAAGCAUCUUUCAACGCACAGCUCGAGGAGCUUCGGACGUCCAAAAAAGCAUUGGAAGGUGAGAUGACUCAGCGACUGGAAGAGAGUGAGGCGCGACAUGCGCAGACUCAGAUGAUGGUCUCGGAGUACAAGGCCAAGCACCAGCAAGCGCAGGCACCAGACUCCACUAUGCCCGGCACCCUCCGUGCGUCCUGGGAGGCCACAGUUCCUCACUACUGUGAUCCGUUUUGGAUGCCGACCGCACCAUCAUAUCCAUCACGGCCAGGGAGAGGAGUGUUCCUGGAGGCCAGUCACUCUUCGAGAAGUACGGCGUUCUUCAACAUUCCAGGCAUCAACAAGGGAAUCGAUGAGGAUCAGCGCACAGAGUAUGGGGAGCCAUUCAUCGGAAACACAGACGCCGGCACAGUUUUCGGGCCAGCGAACCUCAUGUCCAUGGGCAAAAAACGACUGCAGGCGGUAAUGAUGAUUAUUGUGUGA